CGAGCGUCAUUUUUUUCAUUCACGCGGUACGUCGCUGCGCCGGACGCAUCUUUGUUUCGUUGAAGAAAUUUUCGGAAGGAAAAUAUUGUCGAAAAAUUUUCUAUUGUAAUAUUAUGUCGGUGCAUACAAUACCUUUGAUAACGCCUUUCAUCCGUGGCACAAGAUUUCCUUGCAGAAAGAGCAAGUCGCCGUUCUUCCCCGGCGUGGAGGAGCCGGCUGCGGGCGUGGCGGGCGCGGGCUCGCCCUCGGCGCCGCCCGACCACGCUCAGGAUGUCGUUUCCAGGCUUAGUGCCGCAGGUUUGUCUAUGUGCGUGAGUGCGCUGGGCUCGCCGGCGAGGUCGUCGCCCGUGUCCGCGGGCUCGGAGCACGGCGAGCGGUUCAGCAGGAAGGUGUUUGUUGGUGGACUGCCGCCGGACAUUGACGAGGAUGAAAUCACGUCAUCGUUCCGUCGGUUUGGUCCGCUGGUGGUGGACUGGCCGCACAAGGCUGAGAGCAAGAGCUACUUCCCGCCCAAGGGGUAUGCCUUUCUGCUGUUUCAGGAUGAGAGCUCUGUAGCGGCGCUGAUGGAAGCCUGCAUUACGGACGACGACAAGCUGUACUUGUGCGUGUCUUCGCCCACCAUCCGUGACAAGCCAGUGCAGAUCCGGCCGUGGCGGCUGGCGGAUGCUGACUUCGUGCUCGAUGCCAGCAUGCCACUCGACCCGCGCAAAACUGUGUUUGUGGGCGGCGUGCCGCGUCCACUCAAGGCUGUUGAGUUGGCGAUGAUAAUGGACCGGUUGUACGGCGGCGUGUGCUACGCCGGCAUCGACACUGACCCUGAGCUCAAAUAUCCCAAAGGCGCGGGGCGGGUCGCGUUCUCCAACCAGCAGUCGUACAUCGCGGCCAUCUCUGCGCGCUUCGUGCAGCUGCAGCACGGAGACAUCGACAAGCGCGUUGAGGUGAAGCCGUACGUGCUGGACGACCAGAUGUGCGACGAGUGCGCCGGCGCGCGCUGCGGCUCCAAGUUCGCGCCCUUCUUCUGCGCCAACGUCACCUGUCUGCAGUACUACUGCGAGCACUGCUGGGCGACGAUCCACUCGCGGCCCGGCAGAGAGUUCCACAAGCCGCUGGUGAAGGAGGGCGCCGACCGCCCGCGGGCCGUGCCCUUCCGCUGGUGUUAGCUCCACAACCAACCAACAACCACCACCAACCACCACCAACCAACAACCACCACCAGUCUCACUGCGCACGCGACUGCAACUCAAUGAUAGUCUAAAACCCAACUACUAACGCGACUGCAAAUUGACGCUCGCUUUAAGGGUUUUAU